GGGGCGCUGCGCGGCGAGGAGGCGCGGGAGGAGGGGGGGUACGACCGCGCCGCCGCGAGGAAGGGGGAGCUGGUGCGGCGCGAGGAGGCGGCGUGGGCGGCGCUCGCUGGGCAGUGCCGCGCGUGCCUUGCGGCGAGGCGGCUGGCGGAGGAGGUUGCGGCGCUGCGCGAGGCGCUGGAUCAGAAGCUGGCGGAGCAGGCAGAGUGCGGCGUGAGCGUGGCGCGAUGUGACGCCGCCAUCGAGGCGGUGGAGGUUCGGCUGGCGGCGAGCGCCGGCGCCGCCGAGCUGCGCAGCAAGCUCGACGCGCUCGAGCAGGCGGGGGCUCUGAUCCUCGACGCGCUCGCCGACUGCCGCGCCGCCCAGAGGCGCCACGGCGAUGCGGUCGUGCAGGGGGAGGCGGAGGCGGGGCGGCUGCAGCUGGAGGUCAAGGGGCUGCAGGACCAGCGGGCCAGGCUGGAGCUCGAGGCCCUGUGCGUCAAGCUCGACGGCGACGAGGACGUCGCGCUGCAGCAGCAGGUGCUCGAGCAG